CAUUAAUAUUACCUUUGCGUUUUAAUUAUUUGUAUCUUAUUUUCGUUUUAUGUUUUAUGUAAUAAAUUAAUUGAUGACAUUUAACCAUUAAUGAACAGCUUAAGCUCCAAACCAUUAAGUAAUCAUGGGUUGUGCCUGUGAAAAACAACAUGUCACAAUACAAGAUAACAAAUAUUAUGUGCAUGAUCAAAUUGGACAAGGUGGUUUUAGUUCAGUGUUUCUUGUGAAAAAUAGUGAUAAUAUGAAAUUUGUAUUGAAAUGUAUCUUAUGCCAUGAUCAAAAAGACCGCGAGAAGGCUUGGAAUGAAGCCAAGGUUCAUCAACUUUUACAAAGCGAUGGAAACAAAUAUGUUCUUGAUUUAAUUGGAUGUGAAAUGAUUGAGAAAUCAUCAGAAUUUUCAAAAACACCAACAGAUACAUUUCUUAUGUUAUUACCUUAUUACAAAAAUGGAUCGUUAUAUGACUUUUUAGUUAAACCUCAUUAUCAUAUGGAUUUGAAACAUAUAUUAAAACAUUUUCGAUCAAUUUGUUUGAGUGUAAAGACAUUUCAUGAUCWCUCUUAUUCACAUAGAGAUAUAAAACCGGCUAAUAUAUUAUUUAAUGAUAGCAAUGAACCAGUGAUUAUUGACUUAGGAUCCGCUGCUCCUGCCAAAAUAACAGUGACUUCAAAAAAAGAAGCACAAGAACUUCUAGAUGAUGUGAAUGAAAGAUGUUCAAUGACAUACAGAGCACCGGAAUUGUUUAAUAUAGAUAUUAAUUCUGUUAUUGAUGAACGAAUUGAUGUCUGGUCCUUAGGAUGUUUACUAUAUGCAAUGCUUUAUAAAAAGUCACCCUUUGACUUGGUAUAUGAACGCGGAGAUUCUGUUGCUUUGGCUGUGAUAAGUGGAAAAAUUUAUUUUCCUCCAAAUUCUAACGAAAGUGUCAACAAUUUAGUUAAGGUAAUGCUAACAGUAGAUCAUUUCAAAAGACCAUUUAUUGAUGACAUAUUAGAAUCAGUCAAAGCUGUUGAUGAAUUAUUUGAUCAGGAUCUUAAUGAACAUACAACUUUAAACUCAAAUAUUUGUAACGUUUAGAAAUUAUAAUUUAUAUGUACACUUAAUAUCAUAAUAAAAUCAGUUGCUUAUAUAAUUGUAAUCUGUCAGUCUUAAUAAUAUAACUUAUACCUU